AUGGAGGAGUUGAGCGCGGUAGGAGAGCAGGUCUUCGAUGCUGAAUGUAUUCUGAAUAAAAGGCUGCGGAAGGGAAAGUUGGAGUACCUGGUGAAGUGGAGAGGAUGGUCGUCCAAGCACAAUAGCUGGGAGCCACAGGAGAACCUCCUCGACCCGAGACUGCUGGCCGCAUUUAACAAGAGGGAACAAGAACGAGAACUGUUGAUCCGGAAGCGAGGAAAGCGGCCCCGUGGAAGACCUCGAAAGAUUGUGGAACCUGUUCCACAAGUCUCAAAAUCAAGCAGCUCCUCUUCAUCAUCUUCGUCUUCAUCUGACUCCUCGUCUUCUUCCUCCUCAUCUUCAUCUUCCUCCUCUGAUGACGAUGACGACGACAACGAUGAUGACGAGAGUAAGCUUAAGCCGAGCCCUAGGGUGGUGCGCGAGUUGCACCCCGUCCCUCAGAAGAAGGCUCAGAUUGUGUUGGCCAAACCCGAGCCUCAGAAGAAGAAAAAGCGAGGCAGGAAGCCCCUGACUCCCGAGGUGAGGGCCAUGAGGCAGAAUCAGGCCAAAACGGCACGCAAAAUUCUGAAGCCAGCACUGAAAGACUCCUUCUCAGACCUGCGAAGCAACAUCAAGAAACCUCUGAUGCCUGCCAGUUUUACCUACACAGGCAUGAAUCGAGCUGCCAACCGGGAGCCCGUGGCGGUGCAGAAUCGAGGAUCUUUUACCCACAGUGAAUCCUCGAAGAGCUCUCUGGGCUCCGGUCAGCCUCACGGCAAAACCUCAGUGGAUUUUAAACUUUCCGUCUCCGACCUGAGCAGUGCGACAAGCGGAACGGGAGGGCUGGAUUUAAAAACCUCGACUUCUAAGUCUCCUGGAGUGGCAUCGCUCAGUUUACACGAUUCCAAGGUAGCUAGCAAUACCAAUGGACAGGCAGCAGGGGCAGCUCCGAACUGGACUAAAAAACAGGAAACCUCAUCUCCGAGUCAUCUGCAGCGAACACCAAACGCCAAAUCAUCUCAUUCCCAGCUUUCUGCUAUGAAAAGUCCAAGCGGUCAGAUCUCUGGCCCAUCCAGUAUGAGCAAAACACAACAGGGCGGUGACGCGUCUAUAAAGGACGCCAGUCUCGCGAGCACCAACGUUCGAGGACCUGGUAGCACAGUAAAAAAAGGUCCAACGCAAGAAAAAAACACUACGCCAAAGCCACCACUUGGGGGUAUUAUGGGUCGUCCAGGAUGUCGUGAAAUCAGCGCUCCGGUUGCAUCAGAGAAGGUGAAAUUGGAAGGGCCGAGUGAUACAGCGGAAAGAACGGCGAAACCGAAUCAGGCAAGGCAACGUAAAGCCCUGAGCUUCCCCGCUCCCAGAGAUGGCACCAAAUCGACAAAAACACUAAGCGAGAUGAGUACCGGGGAGGAAGGGAGCAGCUCGGAGUCGGAGCAGGAGUCACCGUUUACCAACGAAGGUCAGGAACUGACGAUGGAAGUGCAGGCAGAGUGCAAGGACUGGAGGCCACCGCGAAGCCUGAUCGAACACGUUUUCGUCACAGACGUCACUGCCAACCUGGUCACCGUAACUGUGAAGGAGUCUCCCACCAGCGUGGGCUUCUUCAGCCUCCGAAAUUACUGAGGAAAGAGUCUGAGAAGGAUUUUUGUUUACACUAUCAUGUCAGGUAUCGCAGCUAUGUCUGCAAACACAAUGUAGAUCAUCUUUAUCUACCAACCGUGGUGUCUUCUCCAGUACCCAUGAAU